GUUAUUUUUCAGUCUUAGAAAUCCAGCCCCAGGUGUGCAUUAGAGCGUGCAUUAGAGAGAAACCUGCACCUGUGUUUGCAAGUCUCCCAAUGACGAAAGAGCAUUACAACUCAUUUUAGAAGGACUGUAUAAAAGAGACCAAGAACAACACACUUCAUCUUGAACAAAGACAGCAGUUUUAGCAUGGAGUGGAACGGAAGGUUGCUGGUCCAGUUGUUAAUGCUAGUGUGUGUGUUGGAGGUUAGCCUUUGCCAGCACUGGUCAUAUGGUUGGCUUCCUGGUGGAAAGAGAAGUGUUGGUGAAGUGGAGGCAACAUUUAGGAUGAUGGAUGCUGGUGAUGCAGUACUGUCCAUUCCUGCAGACACUCCAAUGGAGCGGCUUUCACCGAUACACAUAGUGAAUGAGGUGGACUCUGAAGGUUUGCCUCUGAAAGAACAGAGAUUUCCCAACAGACGAGGAAGAAUGUAAAAGCAUAAAAGAUGAAGAUAAACCCUUGGAGCCAAUGAGAAUAAAUUUAAGUUUUAUGCCAUGGGAACAGCAUGUUUUAUUGAGUUGAAAUAUCCUCCUCAUAUGGUUUUAAUAAAUAUACUGCAUUGGAGGCACAUAGC